GACAAGCCUUGGCAGUAUGAUGGUUAUUUACGGCUGUUGGGUGGUCCAGGGUACUAUGAUAAACCAGAAGGAACAGACCCCGUAGGAAAAUUGUGGGGUAUCAACAAAUAUGCGAUCGCGUCAGGGAUAUUUUUUGGAUUGGGUGACUCUCUGAUUUAUACUCAAACUAAGAAUGUUCUUGAAACAGCAAAUUGUUUCGGGUAUUACAUAGUACCCUUUGUGGGCUUAGCUUCAGCGUUUGCCUGCGGAACUUACAUUUCAACUGAUCUGAGGAAAAAAGAUGACAAGUUUAAUUACGUUGUUGGAGUGGUGUCGUGUAUGCCGGUUCUUUAUGCCUGGAAGAAGACGGCAUCUUUCACUUUCUGGGGUGCUGCAAUGCUCCUCUUCGCAGCUCUGGUGAAAAAAGAUUCCAAAAUGAACGACUGGACAAUGUUGAACUACACAACCCACUACAAGUACGGAAACUUCAAGUACGAUAUGUCGCUUGUUUCCAAAGAGUGGCCAAGAAGACCAAUCUAA